CUUACGGUCCAGUAAGCAGCGGAAAUAGACCCAGCAACUGGUUCGCCAGAAGAACCGCAAGAAAAACCACGAAAAGAAGAGAAAGAGGAGGAAAAGGAAGCAGAAAAAGAUCAUGGCUGUGGAGGCUGUUCUGCUGAUCAUUCUGAUGUCUUUCUUUCUGGGAAACACUCAGCAGAGUGUGCUGAUCAGUAUGGAAUGCCAGCCUGCAGUUGGAGUUGUUGGGCAGACCACAAACAUCUCCUGCUCUUUCAAGAGGAACUUUGGAGCAGAUCAGAAAAUUAUUAUUUCUGCAGGGGCUGUAACUAAGAGAGGAGAGACAGAACCACUGUUCUGGUUUAAGAAUAAUACAGUAGACGGAGAUAAUCGAUUUAAACUUCUUUCUAAAAAUGAUCCAUCUUUACUGCUCAGUAGCACUGCUGUCUCUGAUGAAGGUCUGUAUGAUUACACUGUUGUAAACAAUCGUGGCAUAAUAGAAGACGGAACAUUCAGGAUCAGCGUUACAGCCAAGUACAACCCACCGUUCAUCAGCACAUGGCCAGAAAAGAUUGAAGAGGGCGGCCCUGCUGACCUUUACUGCAACGCUAGUGGUGGCUAUCCAGCAGGAGCCAUUCACUGGUUUGACAGCACCAACACCAACUGGACAAAGAGCGCCACACUGAAGAUCACAGAGAGAGAGGACAAACUGGUACAUCUGUCCAGCAAUCUGACCUUCACCAGCAUCGACUCAAGCUGGGCGCCCUUCAGGUGUGUCGUUCUCAACAGCAAAUUCAUCCAAGAAGGAGAGACCACGUCCCAUCUGAAGUUUACAGCUUCUCAAAGUCAUUCAGGCUCUGAGCUAGGAACUGUUACUAUUAGUGUGUUAGUCAUUGGCCUCAUCAUCCUGGGACUUAUAACAGCCUUCCUGUGCCACAGAAGACACGUUCAGCGCAGUACACUGGAGCACAACAGAGAAGCUGAAACGAAGAUGUUAAAUUCACCACAGUCUUGAGGACAUCGUUAAAGGAGAAUUUCAACAUUUUUCCAGCUUAAUUUCUCUCUUUUGCGUCUGUAGGAUACACUUAAUUUCCAUGGAUAAUAAUUUAUGCAUUUCUAUGUUGAUACUAAACAUACUUAUAAUAGAAGUCACAGUGCAGGUGCUGAAGCAAAUUCCCAUUGGCUUCUGUUAUAAACCAAAUGAUAGUCUGUAUUAUAGACCAGCUUCCAUUAUUUUGCUAAGUACAUUGAAGUGCAUUUAAAUUAUUAUUUGUGGCAAUCAACACUACACUACAGAUCUAGGAGAAAGAGAAAGAGAGAGAGAGAAAUGUAGGAACUGGAUGAAACACUGCUAGUUCCUAAGACUGAACUUCUAUGAUGUCGUCUCCCCCUCUGGGGAAACUACACUUGGGCUCUCCCUGGCUCCAUCCACUCACCCCGCACCACACAUGCCUGUUGACGCCUGCCCCCAUCAUGCCACCCUGAGCUACCACGCCAAAGGAGGCUCACCAAGAUACCUUGUCAAUGCUGCUCUCCAGUGGUGGCUCCUCUUGUUGCCUUGCCUGGGGUGGCAACUACUACUGCAGCUGACUCUCCAGUUUCUGCUCCCAGACCCAAUCCAAUUCCUGAGGGCAGGGGUGAGGGAGGGGGAUUCAGCUGGAUGAAUUUUCCGAGGCUCUGCCCACUCACAGCACACUACUCACACCUUUAACUCAUCCUAGGACUAUUUAGACUCCUACAUGUACCCCUUUGUUUUGCCUGUUAUAAGUCUCUGUGUGUCUUACAUGAGAUCUGAUGUGAUGUGAAGAGAGGUUAUGACCUCCUGUGCUGUUGAUUCAGGUUGUGGUGUUUGCGAAGGCUCUCAACCAAAGUGAAAUUAAAACCUCUGAAGGAAAGUUCCAGUGAAUAAUACGCAGCAUAUUGACAUUCGGUCAUUAAAAUGAUGACACACCAAAGAAUUUUGUGUUAUCACGCAGAAACACAUGAAGGAAAGAAAAGAAUGAAGAUCAUUAGGAUUAAGGGAUUAACGGUGAUGGCUGAAUACUGACUACACUGUCCUAAAGACAUGAAAAGUAAGAUAUUCUGAAUACAUUUAGAAUUUCUUUGUCAGUUUUCUUUAUGUAAUUAUUCUGUUUCA